CUUCACCUUGCAGCUCGACAGGGGAAGGCAGAUGUGGUUCAAAAGCUUCUUAUACAAGGGGCCAUUAUUGAGGCCAAGGAUAAAUAUGGCGGCACACCACUUUAUGAUGCAGUUUAUGGCGGAAAAGAAGAUACGGCCAAGUUGCUGCUUGACAAAGGAGCUAAAAUUGAAAGUCCGAGAAAUAAUGGCCAUGCAAUUCUUCAUACCAUGGCUGCCGAGGGACGCGCAGAUAUGGUUAAAUUUCUUCUCGGCCGUGGAGCUAAGAUUGAAGCCAGGACGAAUGACGACGAGACUCCACUUGGCCUCGCAAUUAAGAAUAACAAAACAGACGUGGCCAAGUUACUGCUUAGUCGAGGAGCUAAUAUCAACGCCCGGCGGACGAGGAAUGGUUGGACCGAACUUCAUUACAUGGCUUCUCAAGGAAAAAUAGAUGGAGCCAAAUUUCUUCUUGACCAGGGAGCUAAUAUUGAGGCCAAGACGAAUAAGGGUAACACACCACUUUUUCUUGCAAUUAGGAAUAAUGAAACAGGUGUGGCCAAGUUACUGCUUAAACGAGGAGCG